GCGGGCUCGGACAUGGCGAGGCAGCGCGCCGGCCCGAGCGGCGGGGCCCGGUGAUCCCUUCCUCCCUCCCCGCCCCCUCCCCUCUCCCGCACGCACGUCCCGUCCGCCCCCACCCCACCCCCACCCCGGGCGCGCCCGCCGGUCCGCAGCCCGGGACACACACCCGCACGCACGCUCCCCUGCACACACUCACGCACUCCCGCGCCCGCCCCAGUGCCCACAGUCCAGCCCAGCCACGCGCGCCUUGCCAGCCCGCCGGCCGCCCCCGCCGCCCCCGCCGCCCCCGGGCCCCGAUGGACUGAAUGAAGGCUGCCUACACCGCCUAUCGAUGCCUCACCAAAGACCUAGAAGGCUGCGCCAUGAACCCGGAGCUGACAAUGGAAAGUCUGGGCACUUUGCACGGGCCGGCCGGCGGCGGCAGCGGCGGGGGAGGCGGCGGGGGAGGCGGGGGCGGCGGCGGGGGUCCAGGCCAUGAACAGGAGCUGCUGGCCAGCCCCAGCCCCCACCACGCGGGCCGCGGAGCUGCUGGCUCUCUGCGGGGUCCGCCGCCGCCUCCAACCGCACACCAAGAGCUGGGCACCGCGGCGGCGGCAGCAGCGGCAGCGUCGCGCUCGGCCAUGGUCACCAGCAUGGCCUCGAUCCUGGACGGCGGUGACUACCGACCCGAGCUCUCCAUCCCGCUGCACCACGCCAUGAGUAUGUCUUGCGACUCGUCCCCGCCCGGCAUGGGCAUGAGUAACACCUACACCACGCUGACGCCGCUCCAGCCGCUGCCACCCAUCUCCACUGUCUCCGACAAGUUCCAUCACCCACACCCGCACCACCACCCACACCACCACCACCACCACCACCACCAGCGUCUGUCCGGCAACGUCAGCGGUAGCUUCACCCUUAUGCGCGACGAGCGCGGGCUCCCGGCCAUGAACAACCUUUACAGCCCUUACAAGGAGAUGCCCGGCAUGAGCCAGAGUCUGUCCCCGCUGGCUGCCACGCCUCUGGGCAACGGGCUGGGCGGCCUCCACAAUGCGCAGCAGAGUCUGCCCAACUACGGUCCUCCCGGCCACGACAAAAUGCUCAGCCCCAACUUCGACGCGCACCACACUGCCAUGCUGACCCGCGGUGAGCAACACCUGUCCCGAGGCCUGGGUACCCCGCCCGCGGCCAUGAUGUCGCACCUCAAUGGUCUGCACCACCCGGGCCACACUCAGUCCCAUGGGCCAGUGCUGGCACCCAGCCGCGAGCGGCCCCCAUCGUCCUCAUCGGGCUCGCAGGUGGCCACCUCGGGCCAGCUGGAGGAAAUCAACACCAAAGAGGUGGCCCAGCGCAUCACCGCAGAGCUGAAGCGCUACAGCAUCCCACAGGCGAUCUUCGCACAGAGGGUGCUAUGCCGGUCUCAGGGGACUCUCUCCGACCUACUCCGGAAUCCAAAACCAUGGAGUAAACUCAAAUCUGGCAGGGAGACCUUCCGCAGGAUGUGGAAGUGGCUGCAGGAGCCGGAGUUCCAGCGAAUGUCCGCCUUACGCCUGGCAGCGUGCAAACGCAAAGAGCAAGAACCAAACAAAGACAGGAACAAUUCCCAGAAGAAAUCCCGCCUGGUGUUCACCGACCUCCAACGCCGAACACUCUUCGCCAUCUUCAAGGAGAACAAGCGCCCGUCAAAGGAGAUGCAGAUCACCAUUUCCCAGCAGCUGGGCCUGGAGCUCACCACCGUCAGCAACUUCUUCAUGAACGCCCGGCGCCGCAGCCUGGAGAAGUGGCAGGACGACCUGAGCACAGGGGGCUCCUCGUCCACCUCCAGCACUUGUACCAAAGCUUGAUGGAAGGACUCUUUGCCGGGCACAGGUCACCUCCAAACGAGGAGAGCAGAUACCAAAAGAAAACACAAAGGAAAAAGACACCAGAUUCUUAGCUGGGGCCCUUCACUGGUGAUUUGAAAGCACAAUUCUCUUGAAAAGAAACUUCUAUUCUAGCUGUAAUCAUAGGCCAGGUGUUCUUUUUGUUUGUUUGUUUUUAAAGGCUAUGGAGUCCAAGUGCAAGCUGAAAAUUAAUCUCUGAACCAAACACUGUCCUCUGAACAUGCUAAGCAUCCCAGAAACCCAAAUGGGGGCCUUCCUGGAGCAAGUUAAUUCCAGUAUGGUGUCAACCAAAGCUCAGGAUUGCUUAAAAUGUCCACAGUCCCACUUCGGGUCCUGUCAACCUCUUACAGUCACAUUCCCAUGGGAAACAGUGGGAAUUUGGCCUAUGGAAGGACUCCAAGUUUAGGCUUCCAAGAUGCUAUAAGAGAAGAAUCUAGCAACAAGAAAGACCUCAUUUGUUUUCCAAGUGCUUAGCCUCAUUACAUCACAGUACACCAAAGUUCACAGCCAUAACAUAAAAAAAAUCAGAAUAGUAACUACUGAGCACAAGUUUUAAAUAUGGAAGUUUAAAAAAAAAAAAUCCAAGGACCCAUUUUUCCAACUCAGGCAUCUUUCAUUGAAUGGUUUGGAGCUUUAAAUCGAUCCAGUUUACAGUUUUUUUUUUUCUUUACCUCCUGGAAAUCUCAUGUGGUCUUGGAUUCGUCAAAAAACAAAUCAGUUCACUUGAGCUCAAAGUAUCAAGCACAACGAAGAUAAACAGAAGUAAGGAAGGUUCUAGAUUCAUUGCAUCUGGAUUUUCAAGACACCUGUUGUGAAGUCAUUAGGGAAUUGUUAGGAAUAUGGCUUCAAGCACAUUUUGCAAUUUGCUACAAAUUUCGUUUGUACAUAACGCAGACGCACACUCAGGAGGCCAAUUUAACUGUUACGGUACAUGGAGCAAAUGCAGCAUUUAAAAAGAUCUCGAUUUUUUUAGAUCAUUAAUGUAUCCUUCUUGAUUUAUUAGUCAUCUGGUUCCUCCUAUUGUGCAUUACAACCACCACGUAAUUCAUUCUCACUCUUUCUGAUUUGUGUUGUUUCCUCCACCAUCCCAUUAAUAAAGGAUGUUUCCAGUGUUUUCUAGAAAGAAAAAUAAUAAAUUAAACCACCAUACGUGUUGCUCAUGACUGUCAUCUAGUCCUAACUCUCUUCCAUUGUUGACUCAUCCUUGCAAAACGGUUGAAUAAAUCUGGAGAAAACACAGCACACCAAAGAAGCAGAAUACUGCAAACCAAAGACAUUUAUUACUUGCCAUUUUCUAGCCUAAAAAUACUGUGAUUACUUUUAGAAAUCAGAAAAACCUCUGCAACUCCAAAUGGCAUUCAGCUCUUGCAUUUGACUCAAUAUCGGGCUGAGCGGACCAGCUACGCCAAAGACGUUAGCCAAGUCCCCCAGGCAGUGGCUUUACCACGCCAGCUCUGGUUCCUGGCUGUCACCUUCCCACAGCAAGCAAAGAGCACCCACAGAACUCUGGGAGAUUGCGAAGGUCACGAUGUGCAUAUUUACCAGUGAAUGGCCCCAGGUGGGCACCAUGGGGGUGUUCAAAGCAAGCCAAACGCUGCAAUGAUUCUUUACAGACACUUGAGACUGACUUUUUUAUGAAUUACUUAAUCGAAACCAAAGAAACUUUUUCUGCACCUACUUCUGCAACAAAUAGAACUGUCCCAUUAAAUGAAUAAAUAAAUCCGUAAAUCAAUGGAAAUCACCAUCAACAAAAGGAAGCACGCCAGAAAAAAAAAAAAAAGUCCACAAAAAAACAGUGAGACGCACUGUGUUCAAAUAGACCUCUUGGGACAUUUUUUGGAAGCAGAUUUGAAAGAAAGGGUUGAUUCAAGAAUUGAAAUAAGGAAGCGCCUCGGUGGCUGCUGCUUCAUUUGACAACUCACAUGGUAAUCUUAAAGUUGAAGAUUGUCUUUAAUUUGUGCCUAUGCAGUUUUUCAAAAGAACACGGAACAGAGCAACAGAAACCUCAACAGCUACAAUACCAAAGAUGAGGAUUUCUCACAUCUUUUGUUUCAGUUCAUGAUCUCCUUUUGCCUGGCUAAAAUACUAAUAGCGUCAUUGAUCUGUACAAAGGUAAUCAAUUUUGUUUCUCUGAGCAACGAAAGGAAAGGGUCAUUUAUUUGAUUUUAUCGUUUUCCUUUAUUUUGUUUUAUGGCUUUUUACCCCAACAUGGAAUCUCUCAAAAGAUUCCAUGGACUCCAAAUUUAAGAUGUUGGGAUACUGAGUAAUUUUCUCUGCUCAGCAGAGUGUGGGGAAUGAUAUUGUCAUUGAAUGUUCUUUGCUUAACCCUUAGACUUGGUUCCUUCUAUGUUCAGAGUCUCAUCAUCAGGGGAGGGAAGUGGAGCGAGGGUCAGGGUAGGGGUCUUAGUGACGCAUCCUCUCCCUAGCCACAAAACCAAAGAAUUUAUAGAGGAAUUUACAACCUCAUAUUCAUGUGAUUGCUUCAUCUUAACAGGGCUUCAUUUGGGGGUGGGGGAAACAUGUAAAAAUAAUGGCCAGUUUCUACUUUUCUAUUAGCUUUUUAAAAAUCAGCUGUAAAGUUGCAUUUCUAAAGAAAGAUAUAUAUAUGAAUACAUAUAUAGAUCAACUUGACACUGGUGAUAACCCCAAAUUUUUGCUGUCCAAAUUCAUGUCUUGUUUUUGUCACGUGCUUCAUUUGCUGAAAAUUCAGCUUAGAAUUUUGCUCAUGUCUCAUGCUAUGCCAGAGUUAAUUUGCCACUGUGGAUGAUUUGGAGUAUUCAGAUUUCUAUGAAAAUUUCUGGGAAAGAAAAUUCAAGUAUUUCACCAUUUAACCUGUUGAUAAAUAGAUUCAUGGUAUAAAUGAGUUUUAUUUGUAUCUAGAGUCAUCUCUAUUCUAUGUCUCACCCACCACUAAGGUGGUGGGUGAGGUAUAGCCAUCAAAUCCAGCCCAGAUCUGGACCAUUGACAGUGGGGUGCUCAUCUUCUGUAACUGCUGGGAAGGUUCUGUGGUCCAUUCCCAAUAGCUAUGGAAUAUGGCCAGCUCAGAAAUCGGUUCUCCAGGAGAUCUUGUCCAUCAGGGUGUUCCAGAUCCCCCUCAGUGAGUAGAUCCACCAGAGACUUCUCAUGGGGAAGUCCAACUCCUGUUGCAAUGGGUUGAUCAGUUUCCUCAGGGUGGUACACAUUACCAAUUUGCAUUGACAAGCCUGCAUGCAACCACAGCUGGCACUGGGGUGGGACCCUGGUGGUGGUGUUGGGGGGAAGUGUCUCAAUCCUGGAGAGAAGACAUGUAGCAGGUUUUGGGGAGAGUCCCAGAGCCCUGCCCCUAGAGAACCCCAUCAUCUACCAUGCCACCUCCUCACUCCCUCCAUGUAGAUGGGCCUUUGCAGGGGCAGCAGCCAUGGAGCUGGGAGAGAAUGUGAUUCUCCAUGAUUUUUGUAAUUUAUCCUGCCUAGGGGAUUGUUCCCUGACGUUGCCCUUGUGUCCCUUGGUCCCUUGCUCAUACUCCACGUAUCCUUUGUCAAAGGAUCAAGAGAAGAGCGUCUUUCAGCAGGGGAUUAUUCCCACGUAAAUUGAUAAAGGUCGAUUUUAACUUGGCUAUUUCUGAACAAGUCUUUGUGACUUGUGGCCAAUGGAAACAGUUGUUCUUGAGAAUAGGUUGAGGAACCAAGUCUCUUGGUUUGGUUAGUGUUUCUUUGACACAUUAAUCUCAGCAUCUGGGUCUCUGGCAUCCUCUGAAGAUGCAUAGGCCAAAACAGUCUGCCUUUGUGGCCUGACAUUUCAAAACUGGUCAAACCAGUGCUCUGGUGAUCAGAGAAAGAUGUCAUAGUAUGAAAAAAGCAAGAAUUUCCCUCCAAGGACUCUUGAUAAAUGUCUCAUACUAGAUAAUGUCAUACCAGAGAGAAGUGCUUGCUUUUUUUAAAAAAAAUUAUUUACAUACAUAUAUAAAUAUAUAUGUGCAUCUUGUACAUUUAUGUAUCAAAAUUUAAAGCCCUAGAGAAUUUCAAUUUGUUAGAAAUCUGAAAGAAAAAAAUUGCUGUAUUGAAAGGUUAUAGAAUUUAACCCCCUGAGUUUCCUCAAGGAUUUUUAAAAAAUUGUUUUUCAUUAAUAGUUUCAGAGAAAAUUACCAUUUGGAUUUGGUUACAGCUUAAAAUCCAUUCCUCAAUCCAAGAAAAAUUUGAGGCAUGCCUCAGCCAUCGGCAACAACAGGGACUGUGAGAAGAACUGGUUCUCAACCAAGUUUCACCUUCUUGAGGCAACAGAAAUUCUAAUGUUCACAGCUAUUAAGUGGAAAGAUAUUUUACUUUAUGCCUUUACACAAUUAGGUUUCAUGUUUGGUUUCAAUGUGAUUUUGAUACUGGGGAUAUAGUUGUUUCAUUCUAAGAAAUUUUUUAAAAAGCAAAACUGAUAGAUUUAUCUUUUAAAGGAAAGCAAGCAACAACAACAACAAAAAAAAAAAACCCAUAACACUAAUAUUUAAAAGCUUUCUCCAAAAUGUAAAAGAGUAUGUAGGCUGUGGCACACACAGUCACAGGCUAACCUGAGCCAAGAAGGACCCAGUGCAAUGCUUUCUCUGGAAAAUUCAGAGUUGGCUGCACAGCAGUUCUUUUCCCAUAGGCUCUUAGCAAUUGUGGGCUUAGAAAAUCCAAGCUCAUUUUCAUUUCAAGCUAAAAUAAAAUCAAAAUUAGGAAGGUAAAUCUGACAGACCUCCCCUACAUUUUGCUAAGUCCUGUAGUGUAUUUCAAAGCCAAAUAUAAAUACCCUUUAAAUAAUCAACCAUUUUCCUUGUCUAUGCUGGCCACUCACAUAUUAGUGCCAAUAAAGUUGAGCAUAUUAAAAAAAAAUCUUAAUAACCACUGCUACCUAGGUAUAGGUAAACUUUCCCACUUUUGAAAAUGUUGAUAGGAUUCUAGGAGUCUCUGUCAUUAUCAGUAGUAUGACAGCAUGUCUUUGCAGCGAACCUAGAUCCUUAGGAGGUUGUAAAAUGAGAAUUUUCCAAAAUCUAAGACCAGACAGGGUUCUAAUGUUGUUGAAGAAAAAUGGACCAAUGGACUCCAUAAAAACUGGAGAAAAAGGGAUGAUACCUGUUGUUAAAUCAGGGUUGACCACAAGACCCAAACAUAAGUACUUUGGCAAUAACUCCCUGGAUUCACAAUAGCUCAGAGCUUUUUGCUGUUAUUGUUGCUUAACCAAGAAGAGUGAAUGGGAAAUGAUAGAAGAAGGGAUAGAGCGGGUGUACCUAUAACUUGCUGGUAUUUAUCCGCAAAACUGGAUAGCUUAAUAAUUUUGUACCUUUAUCUAAGACCAAGUCAUCUCUGAAACAACAAGAGAUUCCAGAUUUAAAAUAAGGUCACAAACAUCCUCCCUAAAGAAUGGUACCCCAGUUGGUUGUAUAAAUUUCAUAAGAUAAAGACAUUGGCUUUAAGUACGAAUGUCCCAAUGCCUUUAUCUGUCAAUGAGUUGAUUCUUUCCAAGGUUGAGUGGAGGGGUGGUUUGUUCAUUUGUUUUAGAAAGUCCCGAAAUACUUAUGAAAUACAAAAAUAAUUACUGAAAUGAUAUAGGACCUCACAUAGUUGCAAAACCUCUGCUUGAGGCUCAUGGUCUGUGGUGUAAAUCACACAGAACGUUGGCUGCUCAUUGUCCUCAGAUGCCAAAGUGGCUUUGACAGUCUAGGGGAAAUGAAAGCUGUAGCCCAAGCUUUCCCAUACAGGUUUUGAGUUAGGUUGAUUGAAAUUGACCAGCUAAUACAUUUUUAGUGGAGAAAUGUGUAUAAUAAAAAAAAAACACAUGGCUACAGGUUUGUUCAUUCCACUGAAGUCUUAUACUCGAUCCAUUUUUAGCAACAGGCAUUUCAUAUAGCAUAAACCUUGGUAAGUAAGUUUGCCUAAAGUUUAUAGGGUCUGUCAGCUUGGAUGUAUACAGCUUUAGAUGCAUAUUUCAACAGGUAUUCUCAUAGUUGUCUUUAUAUGAAACAUUACCCAUAGGUGUCUAGACUGUGUACAUGCAAGUGUGUACAGACAUACUAAAAACAUAUAUACUGUAAUCUGUUACAAUAAAUAAAUUUUAAAUCAUCUUGUAACAUGUAUGUGGUACUUUUACAAUGUACAUUGUUUUCAUUAUUAUUUAUUGUAACAUUGAAAACCAAAGUGCAGGAAUACAUAUGUGUAUAUAAAAAGUAUCCCAGCAUCUUUAUUGUGUAUACUUGGAGUUACUUUCAUUUGGGCACAUCCAAGAUAAACAACUUGUAAAGGAACCUUGGAUAUUAUUUAAUCGUCUCUGUUAGAAUGACACCUACGCUUUAUGACCUCGGUUGAAUAGCUUUAUUCUGGAUCUCUCAUAACUAAAGCUAAACCCAAAGACCUGAAAAAGGACAAAAAAAACCAAAAAACAAAAAAAAGAAAAAAGAAUAAAAGAAAAAAAAAAAGAAAUGAAAGAAAGAAAAAAGGAAGAGAAGGAAAAAAUAGCAAAGUAAAGCUCAAACCAAUGGGAGAAAGUGGGCUCUGGUUUCCUGGGUUGAGGCAAUGCUGCCGUGGUCCUGAGGAGGCUGCACUGGCUAGGGAGGAGUGGUGAUUUUAUUUUUCUCACGCUGUCACAUCUAAAUGAUCUUUAACGUAAGCUUUAGAGGCUAUCCUUUCUUGCUUUAUUUCCAAUUAGACUAUAGAAAGAGAUUAUACAUUUUGCCCAUCAAAAAAUGAAGACCCUCCCCCCAAUUUUUUUUUAAUCUUGUUUCUUUGGGUUAUGACCCAAUACGUAAAGUACUAUUAAUGUAAUUAAUUUAUUUAAAUUAGUUUUUAGUACAUAAAUGUAUAGAAUUGGGGUAAUUAUUUAAUCAUCCUUCCUUAGUUCAGUUUUACUUCUUGUACUUAUUUAUCAAAAUCUAGACCAGAGGUGCAUCAGAGAUGCAAGAUCUUACUUAGAAUGUUCUCAAAGUUUAGUUUGCUUUAUAAAGCAGUGAAAUUCUGUUACAGACAGGGAAGAAAUACAGGUUACAAAAAAAGAAUUUGGGGUAUUUUUCCUUCUUGAAUUAACUUUUUAAAUAGUUUAAGUAAUGAUUAUUAAAUUAUUUAAUUUAAGUUCACAGCCCUACCUGGUACCAGGCGAACUUCACCUCUUAAUUAUUGGGGCCCUCAGAGCCUUCAUAUUGUAACUUAUUUAUUUAACUUAUUCAGCAUCUGAGACAGAUGCCCUGUAUAGUUUAUAUUUUUUAUUUAAAACAACAGAGAGCACUGCAGUUUGUUUGCUGUCAGAACAACAGAGCAAAUUUUGUGGACAAGCAAUGACUAUUCAACCUGAACCUGUGCAUUCAGAAAACAUAAGCUGAGACCCUGCUUCACCAGCCUGGAUUUCGGGGCUUCUAUAUGGAAACUGGAAAAAUAAGUUUAAAAAAAAUCAUAGACAAAAAAAAAAAAAGAGAGAGAAACCCUUACAUUAGCUGCUUCCAAGAAUGAACUAUGUGUGUGUGUAAAGCAACAAAAGAGGGGGAAAAAAGCAGAAAAAAGAAAAAAAGGAAAAACUUUCUAUUUCUAGUGAGAACCAAAGAAGGCUACCUCACUGACUUUUUCCAUUUGUAAUUUUAAUCGUGUUGAUGACACCAAAGAUACCAAAGAUUUCUUUCUCUGUGCGGUCUGCAUUUUGCUUGUGCUCUUUUAUAAUUUGAACUAUUCUCUCUGACGUAUGGUAUGUACAGCCACAGCUCAGAUACCCCAAAGAAAUAAUUAUCUAUGUGAUGGCGGCUGCUAAUUUAGAAAGGGAUAUUUUCUGUGUUUUUCUCAUUUGUUUGCUGUCCCCUCCACGUGGUCAGGAGGCAAAUUUGGAUGCUGGUGAAAUUGGAUUCCUUAAAUUCCAAUUCCCAAUUGGUGAAGAAGACUGGUUGGAGAUGGCCUUCAGUCUUAGCCAUGACCUCUCUCUGCUUGGAGCUAUCACAGCAUAGAGUUCCAAUUACAAGACCUUAGAAACUCUAACCAUUGGGCAGCAGAGUCGGAAGGGACCUCAGGAGUCAUUUAGUCCAUGCCCUUGUGGUGUAGAGAAGUGAAGUAGUUAUCCAAGUCAAAUAACCGUGGCGCCAAAACCCAUCUCAGCCUCCUGCUCUGCCCCAGCGCUCCAUUGUGUGGUGCCACCUCUGCGUGACACUGGUUACAUGUAGGCAAACAGGAAAGUGGCAGUCCUAUAGCAAUGAGCAGGAACUGGGGCUUAUCACUUAACACUUUAACUCUGAGAAUAAUCACAGGCGCGUUCAGUACCUAUCUAGUUAUACUGCCACAGAGUCACAUACGAUCAGUUGCCUAGUCCGAUAGCCAGCCGUGAAAUAUUAGGGCUCAUGCGGGGGGUUUCUGCCCUGGGAAGUACAUAUUGAUCCAAAGAGUAUGAUUGCUUUCCAACCUCCCCAUUCCAAAGUAUUGUGUAAAUAAGCUUUUAAUUCACCGGGAGGAGAAAUUUCAUUCUUGGCCCAUUGAGUUUAAUUAUUAUGGACAUUUUUAAAGUCAGUAUUUACCAAGAAAGGGAACUCAAUUGCCAUUUGCACAUAUGACAUUUCUGCUGUCCAUUCUUUUCCUUUUCCUUUUCACUUAUAGGGUUUACAUUUCAUUUCUAAGCCAACUCCAUAUGUAUGAGAAAAAUUUAAAGCUAACAUUAUUUGAUGCUAAACAGUAACUAUAAAUAACCCAAAUUUUCAGAGGAAUUGAUAUGCUUGUUUAAAAAGUGGUUUAAGUUGCUUCUCUUUUUUUCUUAGUCAUGAAAUUAAUUGAUCUUCUUGAAGUUUCUUUAGAUUCCAUUAAAUGAUAAAUCAUUAAGAUCAUUUAUCAAAGUGAUUUGUAUGUUAGACAAUGAAUCUUCAGCUUCUGACCAAAUGGGUUUUAGACACAUGAAGAUAUCCACCUCUAAUCUAUAUAAUUCUUCACUGAAUUCUAUAUAUUUUGCAUUUCACCCAAUAUAGUAAUCUUUGAGCUUUUUAAGAGAUCAUUUAUAUAAUAAAGGUAACAAAGGAAAAGACCAAUGAAUUCAUCAGUUCCACACAUCAACGGAGUGUGUAGUAGAGGAAUAUUAGAAAAUAGAUUGACACACCAAGAAACAUUCAGUUCUCUUUCUGAGGUUUCCAUGCACCAUCCUGAUGCUGGUGAAAGUUCCUUCCAGUCCCAUCAAGCUCAAAGCUCCAUCUUCUCCCUCUAGGAGGCGAACCUGUAAGGCCUUCCUUCCAAGCAGUAAAUUGCUUUGAUUUUCUUCCCAAAUUCAUAUUAGGAAUAGAAUUCCCAGAGUACCUGGGAGACAACAAAGAUGGCCUAAUUCAUUAGGCAGCAGAGCCCUGCCCCAUAAGCAAACAUAACCUUCCCCAGUCUUCCUACCACCAAGUCCCACAAGUGAGAACCUAGAGAGAGCGAUGGCAGCCUGGACACAGAAAACAUCCUCUUGUGGCAGACCCCGCCUCAGCAAUCCCCCCUCAGCCUCAUGCUUCACUUGCAAAGUGUGACAUAACCACGGGACGAGUGCCUUGCUUGAACCAAAGCAACGAUUUAGCCAGUCUGGACCUCUCUGUGCUUUUUUUAAUCCUUCCUGUGAAUACCUCAGCUUCAACUGGGCCUCCAUACAGUAAAUUGGUGGGCUUAUUGUACUGUGGUGCUUUGCAAUGCAACCCUGCAAAGAACAAGAUUUGUACUAAUACCAAAGGUUCUUUAUGUCUCCUCCUUCUGCCUCCCGUUCUUCCCCUUUUCUAGUUCUUCAUGGUUCCAAAGCUUUAAUAUGAACCUGGGCAUGUUGGCAAUGCAGACCGCGCAAUUCCUUACCGAAUUUUCUCAGAUAUACCUCAUAGAUAAUAGUGUUUAGAGUAAUGUUAUUAUAGCGUAUGUAAUAAAUUAUUCACUGUUUCUUUUGGUAACUGUAAUUUAAAAAAAGAAAAAAGAAAAAAAAGCUUUAUACGUUUUAGGUUGUGCUUUUGUAAUAGACGAAAAGGUGCGCUUAAAAAGAAAAUGUAUGUUCUUUUUUUCCCCUUUGGAUUUUAUUUAUUCUGGAUUGGGGAAAGUUGCAGAAUGAGCCCAAAGUUUACAGUUUCAUAUUUUGCUGAAGAAACAAUCUGUGUUCAUUUGCUCUGUUGAAAAAAUAAUAAUAAUUAUUUUCUACAUUUGUGCUACUUGGUCUGAACAAUUAAUUGUUCUGUGUUAACAGUGUAGUAUUAUAAUUAGCAACUGCCAAUCAGUGCUAUAAUUUUAUGCAUGAGGCUAAAAAUUUAGCAGUGUGAUGCAUUGUGGUCUUAAUAGCAACAUUUUUCAUUUUGAACUAGCUCUUCCUCUUUGGUUCAAUGGACAUUAUUUAUGCAUGAGGCCUAUCGUUUGUUAGCAGUUGUGGAACAGUUGUGUAUACAUUAAACUGUGAAAAUGUACACAGUUCAGCCUCAGACAGUGGUAAUCUCGGUUUUAUUGGGAGAUGUCUCACCUCAAAAAUAUCUUUACACCUGUUGGGAUUUCAAAAUAAGUCAGAUUGAAUUGGGUUCAAAUUUUAUAACAGGAGAAGUCAUUUCAAGUUUGUUAGCCAACUUGCAUUCCACAAAUUGGGAUCCUCGUAACCCAGAUAUAGCACUAUAUCUGAGGGGGGUUUGAAAAUGAGCAUCAAAAAGCAGCUCACCUCUGCAUUUUUAAUUUCCACUCAAAUGAGUUCUUUUGGCUUUAUGUUCAUGACCUCAGACCUAAGUGGCCAUGUAUAUAGCUCAGGCUCUCCUGGGUUUCUGUUUGGAAAUGGCUAUUUUUGACUAUGUGGUUUCUUCUAGUAUUUUGAUGUCAGGUCAAUUCCUAGUUGAAACUCAAAGGGCAUCAAUAUCAUUAAGUCUCUGGCUUUUUUGCCCACUCCCAUGGACAUCCCCACCAACAUUUUUCCAGUGAUUUGGACAAAAAUACAUGGCCAUUCCCCAAAACUUCAUCUGUGUGGUUUUAUCCCAGUUUUCCUUCCUAUAGCCAGAGUUGACUUGCUCCACAAUGCUACGCCUAUCUUCUAAAGGGGAGUAUAAGAAAAGUUUGAAGCCCAGUUUAGGAAAACCAUCUUGUUUUAAAUUCCCCAAUUAUCUCAAAGAGUAGUUUUCAGCUGCUGUGGAUUGGGCAAACUAAUUCCUAUAUUUGGGUUUUGAGAUUCAUCCUCAAGUUUUAGACCUGUUUUCCAAACAAGUAUGUUUGACAUAAAGCCAAACCAACUACCAAGCACACUUUGUUUUACAUAGGAGAGUGCAGAUGAGAAACAGUGGUGUAAACAGCAGUGUGCAAUGCAAAACAUUAGAAAUCACCGACAGAGGAACAUUCAUAUUAUCUGUCAAUGAGAACGUGUUGCAAAUGUGCUUUCAUUAAUAAUAGAGAAACAUUUUCAUUUGGCCUUAUAAAGUAGGUUGUGAUAAUGAAAGCUUUGUAAUAUAGUCUUUUAUUUUUUCCUUUUAUUAAUCUGCCAAAGAUGGGAAUGGAUACAAGAAUUUUAAAAUGGGCUUUUGUAAGACAGUUGAUGAUUGUAAUAGUGUUUAAUCUUCUAGAAAGCUUUGUAUGUUCUUCUGCAAUAAACCAAAUCGAUCUUUGUUUCAGUAAAUUCUCCUCACACUCACAACUAACAAACUAUUCCUCUUGAUGCAGAUAUUGUAGCAUAUAUAAAAUCCAAAUGCAUUUUCCAUCCAAAGAAAACAGAGGGGUGUCCGAGACAUGAAAGUGUCCAACCCCUUUUAUUACAGGCAACGCAGAGGUCUGGCUCACUAGGAUUUGCCAAGAAGUCUUGUCUUAUGAAAUUUGAGGUAUAUUUUGUUUGCCACUUAUGUCCUUUUUUUUUUUUUUUAAACUUUGUGGAAAGUGAUGUUGAAUCAAGUGUAAGCUGAGUUUUACAGACAUCUGAAGUAGCUACAUUGUGAAUGUUAUUUUGUUAUUAAAGGGUUUUUACUCAA